AUGUCGGAGCGUGCGGGGGGCGGGCGCGGCGGUCGGGCGUGGGGGGCUCGGUGCGGGGCGCUGGGGCGGGUGCGGGUGCGGGUGGGGCGCGGGGUGGGGGGCGGGGUGCGGCUGCCGGUGGGGGCGGGGGCGCUGGGGGUCCUGGUCCUCUGCUGGCUCUACGUCUUCCCCGCCGAGCGGCUGCCCCAGGCCGACGACGUCCUCGACGCCCUAAGGGCCGCGCGGGCCCCGCCCUGGGCGCCCAACCACACCGCCCUGCGACGCUUCAGGAAGCAGCUGGAAGAUUGCUGUGACCCGGGCCAGCUCUUUGCUAUGACCAAGCUGAAUUCUCCUCAGGGGGCCAACCUGUGGUACGACGGAGAAUUUCUGUACUCGUUCACCGUGGACAACGAGACCUACUCCCUCUUCCCUCAGGCAACGCCCUUCAAGCUGCCAUUGAAGAAAUGUUCCGUGGUGGGAAACGGCGGGAUUCUGAAGAAGAGUGGCUGCGGCAGACAGAUCGACGAGGCCAAUUUUGUCAUGAGGUGCAACCUCCCGCCUCUUUCCAGCGAAUACACUAAGGAUGUCGGAUCGAAAAGCCAGCUGGUCACGGCCAACCCCAGCAUCAUUCGGAAAAGAUUCCAGAACCUGCUCUGGUCUCGAAAGACUUUCGUGGAGAGCGUGAAAGUCUACAAUCGCAGCUUCAUCUACAUGCCGGCCUUCUCCAUGAAGAGCGGGACCGAGCCCUCUCUCCGCGUCUACUACACCCUGGCCGACGCCGGAGCCGACCAGGCCGUCAUCUUCGCCAAUCCCAACUUCCUGCGCAACAUCGGCAAGUUCUGGAAGAGCCGGGGGAUCCACGCCAAGCGCCUCUCCACCGGCCUCUUCCUGGUCAGCGCGGCCCUGGGCCUGUGCGAAGAGGUGGCCAUCUACGGCUUCUGGCCCUUCUCGGUGGACCUGGGCGGCCGCUUCAUCAGCCACCACUACUACGACAACGUGCUGCCCGACUCCGACUUCCACGCCAUGCCGGAGGAAUUCCUCCAGCUCUGGUUCCUCCAUAAGAGCGGCAUCCUCAAGAUGCAGCUGGACCGGUGCGAAGACCCCCCCGUGCGGCCCACUUCCUAAAGACCGCCGGGCGGAGGGGGCCGGGCCCCGGGGGAUCGAUUUCAGAUUCCGCGCUGGCCUUCCGUUUCCGGGACCCCCGAGGGCUGAAGGGGAGAGCCCGGGGGGAGACGACGGUCCGAAACGUACCUCCGGGCCUCGCGGCUGGACGGACAUCGCGGGGGCCGUCUCGGGAGCCUGGCCGGGGUUUUGGGGG